AAUUAUAUUUGACGCAGUGACGCAGCCACAAGGCAAUUUUUCGCGAGAGAAAAAAUUAUUUUAAUUUUUAAUUAAAAAACCUUGUCUUUCUGUUUGUAAACGUUGUAAAGUUUUUUUUUACUUAUAACGAAAAAUAUAUAAAUUGAAAAUAAUAAAUUCAUAGCAUCAUUUUAGCAUAGUAAACCCUUCAACAUUUUCAAAGCGAAUCGAAAAUAGAUAAGUAAGUUGCCAUGGGAGAUUUAUAUGUUGCAGUAGUAUGUUCUUCCAAUAUGAAUAGAAGCAUGGAAGCACACGCAUUUCUAGCAAAGAAAGGAUUUAAAGUAAAAUCAUUUGGAACAGGAGACAAGGUAAAGCUACCGGGAGCGUCGGCCGACAGACCCAACUGUUAUGAGUUUGGAGUACCCUAUGAUGAUAUUUAUAACGACUUGAUGGAGAAAGACAAAGCCUACUACACACAGAAUGGAUUAUUACAUAUGUUGGACAGAAAUAGGAGAAUAAAGCCAAGCCCGGAGAGGUUCCAAGUGAGCACAGAACGGUUUGAUGUGAUCAUCACUUGUGAAGAGCGGGUGUAUGAUCAAGUCAUAGAGUGGUUUGGGACCAGGAGAUCCGUGUACAACCAGCCCGUACAUGUGAUCAACUUCGACAUACAAGACAACCAUGAGGAGGCUACUAUAGGUGCAUUCUUAAUAAGUGAUAUGGUUACAAAAAUGGCACAGAGUGAAGACUUGGACAAUGAUAUUGAUGAACUACUACAUGACUUUGAAGCUAAAUGCAACAGGCCUAUAUUAAACUGUAUCAUGUUUUACUGAUAUCUGAUGAUUAUUAUAUGACAAAUGCUGAUACUAUUAAGAGUUAUGAACUGUAUCUUCCUACUGUGAACUAAACAAACAAAGAUGAAAUAUAAAUAAGGCAUUUUCAUACCCAUUUUGACAUAAACAUAAUAAAUUUUAAGAAAUAA